CGGGGGCUACCGCUUCCCCGCAGGCCCCGACGGAGUAAUGUCUGAGGGCUACAGCUUAGGCGUGAACGGAGAGUCAUUGUUCCGUUACGAAGUAUCGGUCCACGACUGCCGGAACGGAAGCGUCUCCACCGUGCUGUGCGGCAGAAGAAGGCGUGGAUAUCGAUAUGAAUCGAGACGCAACAUUGUAAUGCACAACCCACUUUGCCCCGAGAGAGCCAUGGCCAUCGACCCACCACUCUCACCCCACCACCAGCACCCCAAUUACGGCGGUUCUCAUGGCUGUAUAAUACUCUCCAGAGAAGAAAAGGACGGCGGUUUAUCUCACUUUUAUGUGAUGCUGGAGAACCCUAUGGUGUUGGAUAUAACAUCUGCAACAAAUUUUAUGGCACACGUGUUCAUCUUGAAAGAUGGAGUCUGGUGCAUGCUUGCCUCGGCCACUACACGGAUCGACCAUUGGCGGGGCAUACGAGCUGUGCUGGUCGACAAUAAAAUCUACAUGGUGCCCACCUACACAGAAAUUACCGUCUUGGAUUUGGCGACCUCAAGUUUUUCCACAAUUCAGCUCCCAUACCCACGAGGACUGGGCAGCAGCUUCAUGAUAUCACGGGCUGAUGAUGCUUCCGGUGUGUAUCUUGUCAGGAUGAAAGAAAAUGAACUUCGCAUAUGGCUCCACAAGGGGGACAGCUGGUCAGUCGUUGAUACCUUUUCUCUGAAUGACAUGUGUGCAAAUCUGAUGAUGUCAGACUGGGUUAAGGAUACUGUUUGUUCUGAACGUCGGAUAACCCACGUGGGGGACAACGCUGAGUUUGUGAUCUUGCAAAGGCGUCGGGCUGUGCUCUAUCUGGAUACGAGGCGCAGGACACUGCGUAUAUUGUAUGAGGUGCCAAAAGAAGAUGAACCAUACGAUGGCGUUAUUAGUGCAAAUCCUUUUAUGAUGAUAUGGCCUCCCACAUUCCCUGCGCUGAAGUCUGAUCCUACCAGAAAUGCCAUGUGAACAAGGAAGAUAUCAGGAAGCUAUUGGAUGGUAUCUAUCUACGGCGGUGGCGGUGAGGGUGGCAUCUGGAGAGGAGCAGUAGUGAGGUGCAUUUUCUAAGUAUCUCAUUGUAGUUCGAACUGCCACUUGUAAUGGAUUUAUUGAUUAGGAUUAAGAUGCGAUGUAAACCGGAGCUGGUACUCAUGUCUUAGAGACUAAGGUCAUCGUUUUGUGUGGUUGAGAAGAGAACACUUUUUUUUUUCGAGAACCUGCAGGAGAUCUGCGCGUCAU